AUGUGUAGUAAAGAAGAUGAUCUGGAGACCCCGACAUGGUGGUGUCAUGAUGGCACACUCAAGAGAGUCAUCAAGGUGGCGCGUCUAGCACGGACUACAAAAGACGAGGAAAAUGCAAAAUUAACUUUCAUAUGGGCAGGCGCUCUGUCUGGCUUCAUCAGUCAUGGGCUGCGUCCACAUUAUCCAAGAAUUGAGGACCGUACGCCUGAAGAGCUCAGGGAGGCGACUGCACUAUUUGAGAAAAUCUCCAAAACUGGUGGUCCAGUGGCACAUGACUCUCACAAACUCUCUGAAUUCUUGAAGGAAGUUGCAGAAUGCCGCCAGAUGCGCAUCAUAGCACAGACCCCAAGUUUCACCGAGAUUGAGGAAGUUCCUAUCCUAAAUGCUUGGGAUUCUGGAAUGUUGAGAGGCGUCUUUGAAGCCGGUGAAUGGGUUCAAAUUCAUGGCCUUGUAAGUCCUAAAGGUUCUGCAAUGAACCUAAAGCUAGGCCUGGUCUGCAAAGAUGGGUUGCGAGAUGGCCGUCAAGUUGUACAAGUUGAGGGGUUUAAGGAAUGCAAGUUGAUUCGCCCACAAAACUUGAUGGCAUUGCCAUUUUCUGAGCUUCUUUUGGCUCUUGUUUCAUGCUUGGAAGAAGAAGAUGUGCAAUGGAUGUGCGCCAGAAAAGCUAAAGAGAUGCUGCCAAGGGCAUACAUCUGGUCGUAG